AUGCCCUGCUGCACAGACGGGGGGUCGCCGCUGUGCGCCAAGGCCCCCCAGGUCAGCGGGGUCAGAGUUCAGCUGGAGAUGCAGGCUCUGUGGCAGCAGUUUGACCUGCUGGGCACAGAGAUGAUUGUGACCAAAGCUGGAAGGAGGAUGUUUCCCACGUUUCAAGUUCGAAUCUCAGGGAUGGAUCCCUCUGCUGAAUAUGUUCUGCUCAUGGACUUCAUCCCUGUCGAUGACAAACGAUACAGAUACGCCUUCCACAGCUCGUCCUGGUUGGUUGCAGGGAGGGCAGACGUGGCAGCACCCAGCAGGAUGCAUUUCCAUCCAGACUCCCCUGCUCGUGGGGCUCAGUGGAUGAAGCAAACCGUUUCCUUUGACACUUUGAAGCUCACCAACAACCUGCUGGAUGACAACGGACAUAUGAUAUUAAACUCCAUGCACCGCUACCAGCCGCGCUUCCAUGUGGUGUACGCAGACCCGGGACCCAACAGUCAUUUAAAUGCAUACAGGAACUUCUGUUCCUUCUCAUUCAAAGAGACUCAGUUCAUGGCCGUCACUGCUUAUCAGAACCACAGGAUUACACAGCUGAAAAUUGCGAGUAACCCCUUUGCUAAAGGCUUCAGGACACCAGACCCCCAGACCUGGUGA